ACAACAUGGCGAAUUUUUGUCCAAAAUGAAAUCUGGUUUUGUUGCAAUAAUUUUGCGUUUUCUCGCCCAGCUGUGGAAGAUUUUCUUGGGCGUGAUCGGCUGCAUUAAAAGAACAAUGCAGCAAAACGGAGAAGCUCGACCUACCCGCCAGGGAAAGGUCAUAGCUGUCCUGAUGUUCGUUGGAAGAUUGCUUCUGAAUGCUAUGUUGAAACUUUGGGCAUUUUGCACAGCUGCCUUGUUGUUGUUGUUGUUACUGUAUUGGAUGUAUGGAACACUGCCAGCAUUUAUACUACUCACGUUUGCAGUGAUAGGUUUUCUUUACAAUGCCCAGGAUGUCCUACUCUACUACCCAGACCAGCCCCCUCAAUCCCGGUUGUAUGUUGAAUCACCUGUUCUCUUCGGCAUGCCAUAUGAAAACAUCUACCACAAAACUCAAGACGGGGUCAGAAUCAACAUGCAGUUUAUUCCGAGGCCUGAAGAUCAAAAACCAAAUGCACCUACUCUUGUUUAUUUUCAUGGAAAUGCAGGAAAUAUUGGUCAUAGGUUGACUAAUGUGUAUGUUCUGUACAUUUACCUUGGUUUCAAUGUCCUGAGUGUGGAGUAUAGAGGUUACGGGAAAAGUGGUGGAACACCUUGUGAACAGGGCCUUUAUCUCGACGCAGCAGCUGCCAUGGACUAUCUUCUAACUCGUACAGAUAUAAACUUGAAUAAAAUCCUAGUUUUUGGACGGUCACUAGGGGGUGCUGUUGCUACCAAUCUGGCCGCCCAUCCUGUUUAUUCUCAUAAUAUAUGUGCAUUGAUUUUGGAAAACACGUUUACCUCGUUACCGGAUAUUGGACGAACGUUGUUUAAUUUUCAAGUCGUUAACUCGUUACCUGAUUGGUGCUUCAAAAAUCAGUACCCUUCCAUGGAGCUAGUGAAACAAAUCAAGACGCCAACAUUGUUUAUCUCGGGACAAGCAGACGCGUUAAUUCCUCCUCCAAUGAUGGAGUCAUUACACGCGGCAUCCAAUAGCAUAUUCAAAAAGAUUGUACGGUUUGAAGGAGGAACUCAUAAUGAGACUUGGAGGAGUGCUGGGUAUUAUGAUGCAUUCAAGAAAUUCCUUGCUGAGGUCUACAAAAUACCUACAAAGAAACGAGAAAGAGCUGGAUCACAGUCAUUCGUAGCAGAGAUGCCUUUUGAUGAUGGUGCAACCGGAACGGUGAAAGCCCUUUGACAGAAUGUCCGUCGCCAUUCUAAGUAGCUAACGCUCUCGAUUGGGACAAGUUGUUAGCAGUGGAUCAUUGUUAUAGAGAGGAUGUUGAGAUUUGAAAAGGGAAGUUAUCAGAAGAAAAGAACAGGAACUCGUCUAUUCUUAUGUGUAUCCAGUGGUGGCAGUCGAGGGGCGGGACUAUGGGCUCUCAGUUAUCAGUAACACACAUUGUGCAUAGAUGGCAGUAGUGUGUAUCCAUCUGGAAUAAACCUGGGCAUUUCUCUUGUGCUUGUAUGCAAGCAUUGCGAAAUUCAGAUCCAGUUUCAGACGGAAAUUUAAAAAGGUCAAAACACAAAGAGGAAAUUGAGAAGGCUCUUCAGCUUUAGCUAUGGGGUUGGGGUGAUUUCUAUAUGUUGACUUCCUUGAGUUUUUUUCUUCGUUUUUGACCCUCAUCUAAGCUGCAAACCUUCUUUCUGUCGGAAUUUUUUGAACUUUUCAAUGUUCUGAGAUUUCAGUCUCUGAAAUCCUAUUUUAGUUAUGAAUAUUGCCAAGUAUAGAUCUGAUUAAAUCCAUACUUGCUAUUGUGUAUAUAAAAUGAAAUGGCCAGGGCCAUUGUGCUCACCUCAUGUGGAGGAAAGAUGGAUAAAGAGCAUGGUAUUGUGUCAUGUAGUGUUAGGUUUGAUGUAGGUCCAAGCAAUUACAAUUUCCCCAAAAUGGCCAAUUUACAAUACAUUCAACC